AUGUCGUUCAGGAAGCGUGGAGAAGUUAUAAACGGUGGAAACCCCGGAAUACGAGCAGUCCGACAGGUGCUGCCCAAUGCUACGCCAAGAGAUGGGACCGCAGCUAGAACAUCUUUUAUGGCUGGAAGGCCACUUGCGAGAGGCGAGGUGAGGUCGCCGGCUCUUAGUGAUCGAAUGCAGAGGUUGAGUGUUAGGGACCGGGAGAUCUCAGCAAAGCCUGGAGAAGCUUCGGAAAACGGUCUCGAUGCAGGUCACCAGGGUGUGAGACCCUCACCGAGUAGUUCCCAUCAGACGACUUCGACUGGCUCUUCUCAUCUGGAUAAGGUUCUGGGCCACGCCGGACUGCCUUUGGGGAACUCCCUACUUGUUGAAGAGAUGGGUACAACCGAUUUCAGCUCGGUGCUCUCAAAGUUAUUUGCAGCGCAAGGUAUCGCCCAUAAUCGGGUUGAGAGCGCUGCAGGUAUCGGUAACACCCAUUUACUUGUCCUGUCGAUCGACCAGAAUUUCGCCAAAGAACUCCCGGGUGUAUACAGGGGCUCUCGUAAAGAGGUUAAGAAGUCCAAGAUUGCGGAGGAGGAAUCUAAAGUCACCGUUCAGAAUCUGACUGGAAAGACCAAUCCAACAAGAUACAAGGACCUGAAAAUAGCUUGGAGAUAUAAGCUGGCCGAUGAGGGCGAUGAUGCGGAUAAACCCAGCAACACACAGGCUGAAGAUGAGAAUAAACUCUACAGUAACCAAUUCGACAUCACGACGCGAUUAAUGCCAGCUCCUACUGCAUCAGAGAUCACUUUCGUUUCUCCUUUGCAGCCUCCUCAGACUGUCUUGGCCCAGCUAGAACAAGUAAUAAAGAAAAAUGAUAGAAAACUGGUUAGAAUCAUCUGGCCAUCAUUGCUUCACCCAGCUAUGUAUCCUCCAAGCAUGUUCUCGAUGGCCAAGAUAAUGCCAUUGUUGCAUGGUGUUAGAUCAUUGGUGAAGAAAUACGAGAACAGAUGUGUUAUGUUCUCUUCUCUGUCCUCUGAUAUGGUCGACGAAACUUUGAUCUUUCAAAUUGAGAACUCAUUUGAUUCUGUCAUGAAGUUGGAGCCUUUUGGUCAGGAAAUGAUACAGUUUCUUGAAAAGGCAUACAAGUCACAGCCGAACAAAGUUCAGCAAGGUCUUCUGCACAUCGCAAAGCUGCCGGUCUUUAGCGACAGAGGUGAAAUGCAUGUUAUCAACUCAAGCUAUGCGUUCAAGAACAGUAAGCGAAAGUUUGAGAUCGAAGAAUGGGGCAUUCCUGUAGAAGACGUAGAUGAGCCAAAUGAGAAUACGGUGUCGAUGCAGGCACGCACUGGGGCCGCAGAGGAACUAUCUAAGCAAACAAGCGUUGCAUUGGAUUUUUAA